AUGACCAUAGUUCACUCAAUUGCGACCAACAUGAAAGCCAUCAAGAUCGAAGACAAGAAGGCCGUGGUCGUCGCAGACGCGAUCCUCACCAACGACCCACGUCCCGACGAGGUCCUCGUCAAGAUUGUAGCUGUAGCCCUCAAUCCCACCGACUGGAAGCACCUCGAGUACGGAAUACCCACACGCCCAACAGUUGGGUGUGAUUUUGCCGGCGUCGUUGAAAAAGUUGGUCCGGAGGUCACACGCUUCAAGAAAGGCGAAAGGGUUUUUGGAUUGGCGCAUGGUUCCAAUGAAGGGAGGCCCGAUAACGCGGCGUUUCAGGAGUACGUGUACACGAAGGAGGCGGUAAUGGCUCACAUUCCCGAUCACUUGAGCUUUGAGGAAGCUGCGACCUUCCCAGUUGGCAUCUUGACGGUCGGGCAAGGCAUGUAUCAGGAGAUGCCCGUGCCGUGGCCUGAUAGUCCGCUGAAGGAGAAGGUACCGAUGUUGAUAUAUGGCGGGAGUUCGGCGACGGGUGCGUUAGCCAUCCAGUUCGCGAAGCUAUCCGGUUAUGAGGUUCUCACCACAGCCGGAAAGAGCAACUUCGAUUAUGUCAAGUCAUUGGGCGCAGACGCUGUGUUUGAUUCGCGUUCACCCACCGUGGGCGAAGAGAUCCGCGCGUACACUAAUGACAAGCUGUACUGCGUCUUUGACACCAUCGGCGAGCACGGCAGCCCAGAAGCUUCAGCGAAAGCGCUGGCAUCAAAAGCACCAGAAGGCCGGGAGCUUUACUACGGGACCAUCCUUGUGAAGGACAUUAAAAACUUUAUUGAACGCAAUAGCAAGUUCGAGGCUCGGCCAGAUGAUGUCGUCUUUUCCGUCUCGCUCGCAUAUACAGCGCAAGGCGAAGCGUUUCACAUUCGAGAUGCGAAAUUUCCGGCACGUCUCGAAGACUAUGUAUUUGCGAAGAAGUGGAUGUCUUUCGCGGGCGAUUUGAUCGCGCAGGGCAAAGUCAAGCCGCAUCGUGCGGAAGUGAGGGAGGGGGGUUUCGAUUCGAUACCGAGCGGGUUGGAAGAUAUGAAGAACGGCAAGGUCAGUGGUGUAAAGUUGGUGUACCGUCUCGCGGAGCCGUAG